AUGGCAAACUCCACGGUUAUUGCGCAUACAGGAGCGAAUCCCCAUCCAGACAUGGAGAAAGUCGCCAGUCGACAUUCCGCUAUCAAUGGAUCCCCCGAAAUCCUCGCUGGAGAAGCAGAUGCUGAAUUACUCGCCAAGCUUGGAUACAAACAAGAGCUGAGGAGGAAUUUCACAAUGAUUGAGGUCUUCGGAAUCGCUUUCUCGAUUAUGGGACUCCUACCUUCGAUUGCAUCCACUCUUGCGUUUUCGAUUCCUGCAGGGCCGGUAGGCAUGGUUUGGGGUUGGUUCCUGGCGUCUGGGUGUAUCUUCGUUGUUGGCGUUGCGAUGGCGGAUCUUGGAAGUGCUAUGCCUACGAGUGGUGGACUGUAUUGGUGGACUCAUUACUUUGCGUCUCCAAAAACACGAAAUGCGCUCAGUUUUCUGGUUGGGUAUUCGAAUACGCUUGGCCUUGUUGGUGGAUUGUGUAGUAUUGAUUAUGGAUUUGCUCUCAUGUUUUGUUCUGUAAUUGUCAUCGCCCGAGACGGCGAGUGGACGCCCUCGAACGGUGUGGUUUAUGCGGUCUUCCUCGCUUGUGUCCUAUGCCAUGGAGUAUUGGCAUCAACACUUUCCAAAAUCAUGGGCAAGCUUCAAACCGUCUUCGUUGCUAUGAAUCUCAUCCUCAUUGCGGCAACAAUCAUCGCGCUCCCGGUCGGAAAGAGGUUAUCUAGCGAGAGGAACGAUGCACAGUAUAUUUUCACCAAAACCGAGAAUUUGACAACAUGGCCAACAGGCUGGGCCUUCAUGCUGAGUUGGUUGAGUCCUAUUUGGACGAUAGGAGCCUUCGAUAGUUGUGUCCACAUGAGUGAGGAGGCAGCUAACGCCGCAAAAGCUGUUCCGUAUGGAAUCAUGAUGUCAAUUGGCUCAUGUUGGAUUCUUGGAUUCAUCAUCAUGAUUGUCAUCGCAUCAUGCAUCAAUCCAGAUCUUGAAGCAGUACUGGGUUCCUCGUACGGUCAACCAAUGGCUCAAAUCUACUAUGAUGCUGUUGGGAAGCAAGGAACACUUGGUCUCAUGUCUCUUCUUUUCAUAGUCCAAUUUCUCAUGGGCCUUUCCAUCACGGUCGCAGCGUCGCGACAAACCUGGGCCUUUUCACGUGACGGCGCCCUUCCGUUCUCUGGAUUCUUCAGACCAAUUUCCAAGAGAUUCGGCUACAUUCCUCUUCGCUGUGUAUGGGGCUGCGUCUUUCUGGCCGCGGUUCUAGGUCUACUUUGCUUAAUUGCUCCUGCCGCCGCCUCAGCGCUCUUCUCUCUCGCAGUCGCCGGUAACAACGUCGCUUGGCUAACGCCGAUUCUUUGCCGCGUAGUUUGGGGGCAAAAGAAAUUUGUCCCCGGGCCAUUCUACACCGGUGAUCGAUUUUCAGUUCCUCUUGCAUGGUUUGCGGUCGUCUUCCUUGUCUUUGGAAUUUUCCUCGCCAUGUUCCCAGUGGGUGGACCCAAUCCGACGGCUGAGAGUAUGAAUUAUACUGUAGUCAUCAACAUGUUUGUGUGGGGUGGCGCGCUUGCCUAUUACUUUAUUGAUGCUAGGAAGUGGUUCACGGGUCCAAAGAUUACGGUUGAGGAUGUUCCUGCUGGUAUGCUUGCGGAUGGGAGUAUCGAAGGGGUAGAGACGGGUCAUGGAGAUAAAGUGCUGGUGGAUGAGAAGGGAAAGGAAUCUGUCUGA